AUGUUGCCAGCAUCUGAGUCUCAUAUUUGUACAGUGCUGGAGGGAGACACCUGCGUCUUCGAUGGGAUGAUUUAUCGCCACGGGGAAACCUUCCAGCCCAGCUGCAAGUACCAGUGCACCUGCCGCGACGGGCAGAUCGGCUGCCUGCCCCGCUGCAACCUGGACCUGCUGCUCCCCGGCCCCGACUGCCCUUUCCCCAGGAAAGUCGAAGUCCCUGGAGAGUGCUGUGAGAAGUGGAUCUGUGACCCGAAGGAUGAAGUCAUUUUGGGAGGUUUUGCUAUGGCCGCCUACAGACAAGAGGCCACACUCGGGAUUGAUGUGUCAGAUUCAAGUGCCAAUUGUAUCGAGCAGACAACAGAAUGGAGUGCUUGUUCCAAGAGCUGUGGAAUGGGCUUUUCCACCCGUGUUACCAACAGAAAUCAGCAGUGUGAGAUGGUGAAGCAGACACGGCUUUGCAUGAUAAGACCUUGUGAAAACACAGAAGCACCUGAGAAGAAAGGGAAGAAGUGCAUCCGAACAAAGAAGUCCCUGAAAGCUGUUCACCUUGAGCACAGGAACUGCACCAGUGUGCAGACAUACAAGCCUCGUUACUGUGGCCUCUGCAGCGAUGGCAGGUGCUGCACCCCCCACAACACCAAAACCAUUCAAGUGGAGUUCCUGUGUCCUCAGGGCAAAGUCCUAAAAAAGCCAGUGAUGUUGAUCAGCACCUGUGUCUGUCAUGCUAACUGUCCUCAAAGUAACAAUGCUUUCUUCCAGCCUUCAGAUGUGACAUCUAGUGAGGCAAAAAUAUGAACUGCAUAAAUUAGGUAGUUCAAAAAGGUAUAAAUAGUUUAUAAAAAACAUGACCCACAAUCAGGUGAAUGUAACUAUUGCAUAUGUAAAAUAUCUAAGAUGUUUUUCAAAACAGUCUGGGCGCUUUGUUUUUUCCUGUAGUUUAUUAAAUACCUCAUUUUACAUUUUCCCCCUCCAAAUGCCUUUUCACUCACUUGAAGGAAAUGUUGUACCUUGGACAGAGCUUUCUGUCUUUUUCUUGACAAUGGCAUCAAGAUUACAAGGCGAACAGCUGGUUUUUCUCCUUGAGUUAAGGGGAUCGUGCCA